GGGGCCCUACACGACAGACACUUUGGUCGUAACGCUCAGAUUCAGUUGACAGACCGACAGACCCCUUCCUCUUCGCCGGUCGCCAUUGACACAACGCUUUGAGCUCUCUCUCUCUCUCUCUCCAUUUCAUCUCUGGCCAUGAGUUCUCUCAGCAGAAGCAGCUUCCUGGGCAACUCGGGGAUCGGCGAAACAUUCUCCAAGGCGCAUGGAAGACCAGCCGUUCGUGUGAGAGUGGUCGCAUUGGGCUCAAGCAACAGUCAUCCCCGGCCAUUAAAGGAGACCAAAGGUGCUUCUAAUCCUACUACUACUUCCGCUUCGGUGGUGACCGAGGUGGACUCGAAGUCCGCGGUCGCUGGCAGCGUCGCGGACGUGUACGGAAAUGAUCAACUUGUCGAAGAGACGCCCUGGGCUGUCUCUGUAGCCAGUGGGUAUAGUUUGUUGCGGGAUCCACACCACAACAAAGGGCUUGCUUUCUCUGAGAGAGAGAGAGAUGCACACUACUUAUGCGGUCUUCUACCCCCAACAGUUGCUUCUCAAGAUCUUCAGGUCAAGAAAAUAAUGCACAACCUCUGGCAAUAUCAGGUUCCUCUGCAGAAAUACAUGGCAAUGAUGGAUCUUCAGGAGACAAACGAGAGGUUGUUUUACAAGCUUCUCAUUGACAAUGUUGAGGAGCUACUACCUGUCGUCUAUACUCCCACUGUUGGUGAAGCUUGCCAAAAGUAUGGGAGUAUCUUCAGGCGUCCUCAGGGUCUCUUUAUUAGUUUGAAAGAGAAGGGCAAAAUUCUUGAGGUGUUGAAGAACUGGCCUCAGAGGCGCAUUCAAGUUAUUGUUGUGACUGAUGGGGAGCGCAUCUUAGGACUGGGAGAUCUUGGCUGUCAGGGAAUGGGAAUACCAGUUGGCAAACUUUCUUUAUACACGGCUCUUGGAGGAGUUCGUCCUUCUGCUUGCUUACCUAUAACAAUUGAUGUGGGGACAAACAAUGAGAAGCUAUUGAAGGACGAGUUUUACAUUGGGCUCAGGCGAAGAAGGGCAACUGGAGAGGAAUAUGACGAACUUCUCGAUGAAUUUAUGACCGCAGUCAAGCAGAAUUAUGGGGAGAAAGUCCUCAUUCAGUUUGAAGACUUUGCAAACCAUAAUGCUUUCGAGCUGCUUGCUAAGUAUGGCACCACUCAUCUUGUCUUCAAUGAUGAUAUCCAGGGAACAGCUUCUGUUGUCCUCGCUGGGCUUAUUGCUGCAUUGAAGUUUGUUGGUGGAACCUUGGCCGACCAUAAGUUCUUAUUCCUUGGUGCAGGGGAGGCAGGCACAGGAAUAGCAGAACUAAUUGCCAGGGAGAUGUCAAAGCAGACAAAUGUUCCAGUAGAAGAGGCGCGUAAAAAUAUAUGGCUUGUGGAUUCGAAGGGACUAAUUGUGAAUUCGCGUAAGGAUUCACUCCAACAUUUCAAGCAACCCUGGGCUCAUGAACACAACCCUAUCACGGAAUUGGUAGAUGCCGUAAAGGUGAUCAAACCGACGGUACUGAUUGGAACAUCAGGAGUAGGAAGGACAUUCACAAAGGAUGUUAUCAAGGCUAUGGCAUCUCUGAAUGAGAAACCCAUCAUUUUUGCUCUUUCGAAUCCGACAUCACAGUCUGAAUGUACAGCUGAGGAAGCUUAUACAUGGAGUCAGGGACGUGCUAUAUUUGCCAGUGGGAGCCCUUUUGGUCUUGUUGAAUACAAUAGGAAGACUUUUGUGCCUGGACAGGCAAAUAAUGCAUACAUUUUCCCUGGAUUCGGUCUGGGCUUGAUAAUGUCUGGUGCAAUCCGUGUUCAUGAUGAGAUGCUCUUGGCAGCCUCGGAAGCCUUGGCUUCACAGGUGACUGAAGAAAACUUCAACCGGGGUCUCAUAUACCCUCCAUUUACCAACAUCAGAAAGAUCUCAGCCCACAUUGCUGCCAAUGUGGCUGCUAAAGCUUAUGAACUCGGUUUGGCAACUCACCUACCUCAGCCUCGAGAUCUUGUGAAGUAUGCAGAGAGCUGCAUGUACAGCCCCACAUACCGAAGCUACCGUUAAAUUGAUGGGAAUAUCCCCCAACUAGAUUUAAGGCUCCUGCAAUGAGAUCUUUCAAAGUAAUUGUUUUCAGCAGUUCGUCAGCUCUGGAUUGAUCAUUUCUUCAAGCUUAAGAUUGGACAGAUGCGCGGAAUGCCAAAAGCCAUUCAAGCAUGUGUUGAAUCGACUGAGUCUGUCGAAGCCAUUGUGGUUGAGGAGCCAUGUUUUCCUCCACUGAUGUUGAUGCAUUUUCUUACCAACAAUUCGGAUUGCUCAGUUUGAUAUCUCUUUGAAGCUGUUUCUAUAUUUCUUGAAAAUAUUAUAAAUGCUCUCGUGCAUGAUCAGUUGGUUGAUUUAUUCGUAGUUUA